UUUCACUCUAAACCGUGAAGUGUCGUUUCUUUAGACCGACCUCAAGGAGAAGAAUGUAAUUACAAAAUUAUAACAAUAAUGAGUUUGAAUUUCUUCUAUUGUCCUUCUACCCACGGCUAUAAUCUAAAACUCUACAGUAAUAAUAUGGAGUUAAGAAAAUCAGCUUCGUAUACAUACAUGCAUUUCAUUCCAUGCCCAAAUCGUCUUAGACCUCUCCUCUUAGCCUGUAAAGACAAAGCAUCAAUAUCUAAAACCCAUGCUCUCAUGCUCUUGACCGGCCUCUUCAAGCAUGGAAGCUCCAAUGGUGGACUCAUCGCGUCCUACGCAAAUAUAGGCGACAUUAAAUCUGCCCGAAAAGUGUUUGAUGUAUUGCCUCAAAGAGGCGUAGGUGCAUGGAAUGCCAUGAUCAUUGCGUAUUCGCGUAUAGAGUACCCAGUUGAAGUUCUGAAUUUAUAUCGUCAAAUGAUUUUGGAAGGUGUUAGACCCGAUAGCUCAACUUUCACGGUGGCCCUCAAGGCGUGCACGAGGUUGUUGGAUUUGAAAACAGGGGAGGAAAUUUGGCGUAGAGCGAUGGAUUGUGGGUUUGAGUUUGAUGUGUUUGUUGGAUCUUCUGUUUUGAAUUUGUAUGCAAAGUGUGGGAAGAUGGAUGAAGCAAUCGUGGUCUUUGAUAGGAUGCUGAGAAGGGAUCUUGUCUGUUGGACAACUAUGAUAAGUGGGUUUGCGCAGAGUGGGCGGCCAAUUGAAGCGGUUGAUAUGUAUAGGCGAAUGCAAAAGGAGGGAAUGGAAGGAGAUGGGGUUGUGAUGGUGGGGUUGACACAGGCUUGUGCAAAUCUUGGGGACUUAAAAUUGGGUCUUUCUGUUCAUGGGUAUUUGAUCAGGAAAGAUCUUCCUAUGGAUGUUGUAGUUCAAACUAGCCUCGUGGAUAUGUAUGCCAAGAAUGGACAUUUGAAGCUUGCUUGUCAUGUUUUCAAGAAUAUGCCUUGUAAGAAUGUCAUAUCUUGGGGUGCACUGAUAUCUGGCUUUGCUCAAAAUGGUUUUGCAGGGAAUGCACUUGAUUUAUUGGUGGAGAUGCAGGUUUGUGGAUACAGACCAGAUUUAGUGUCUCUUGUAAGUGCACUUCUAGCAUGUACCCAAGUUGGGUUUUUGAAAUUGGGUAAAUCUAUACACGGAUAUAUUGUGAGAAGGCUUGAUUUUGAUAGAGUUUUAGGUACUGCAGUGAUUGACAUGUAUUCAAAAUGUGGAGCCCUUUCUUGGGCACGCACUCUCUUUGAUCAGAUGAACUCCAAAGACUCAGUCUCUUGGAAUGCAAUGAUAACCAGCUAUGGAAUUCAUGGGCAUGGAAAAGAAGCUCUGUCUCUCUUCCUAGAGAUGACAAAAACAAAUCUAAAACCAGAUCAUGCCACUUUUUCUUCCCUUCUCUCGGCCUUCAGUCACUCAGGUCUUGUGGAAGAAGGUCAAUACUGGUUUAAUCGUAUGGUUAGUGAAUAUAAGGUCCCUCCAACGGAAAAGCAUUAUGUUUGUAUGGUUGAUCUUUUGGCUCGUGCAGGUCGAGUUGAAGAGGCUUGCGAGCUAAUAGAUUCCAUGAAUGCUGAAUCGGGGCUUGCUGUUUGGGUUGCUCUCCUGGCAGGUUGCUGCAAAAAUGGCAAGUUGUUGAUUGGAGAGAUGGCUGCAAAGAAGGUUCUUGAGUUAAAUCCAGAUGACUUGGGAAUUUAUUCUUUGGUCUCAAACUACUAUGCAAAGGCGAGGAAGUGGGAUGAUGUAGCUAGUGUUAGAAAAAUCAUGAAAAAUACGGGGAUGAAGAAAGUGCCAGGUUAUAGUGUAGUGGAAGUGAAAGGAAAACUUCAUGCUUUUCUUAUGGAAGAUAAGAGCCACCAUCAAUAUGAGAAUAUGAUGCAACUUUUGGAUAAGUUGGAUCAUGAAAUGAGGGCUAUUGGAUAUGUCCCAAAGACUGAAUUUGUGUUGCAUUCCCUUGAUGAGGAAGUCAAAGAAAAAAUGUUAUGUAAUCACAGUGAGAGGCUUGCUAUUGCUUUUGGUCUCUUAAACACAGGGCCUGGAACCAGAUUACUGAUCAUAAAGAACCUUAGGGUGUGUGGGGAUUGCCAUGAAGCAACCAAGUUCAUUACGAAAAUUGUGAACAGAGAGAUUGUUGUGAGGGAUGUGAAGCGAUUUCAUCACUUCAAGAAUGGGAUCUGCUCAUGUGGUGACUACUGGUGAAGCCAAUGUGCAAAGAUUUCCUUUCUCUGUGCUGGAUUUUUCACAGCUGGGGUGUUGAAAUAUCAGGGUAGGAUCUGACAUCUCUUUAGGAAAGCAAGUUGCUAAUAUUAUAAUGGGUAAUGGGAGAGACAAGCAAGCUAACAUCGCAAUUGCAUACUACUACCUUUAAGGUGUGUAUAGAUACAGCUUGGUAACCAGUACAGUGCUUUGAGAUGGUCCCAUCCAACAUAUCCAUAUCCAGCUGGGUUGCUGGCAGAAUUUGGGUGUUGAUAUACAUCUGCCACUUUAUCAAUUUCCCCUUUAUACUAUAUGCAUCAGCUAAGUUCAAAGAGCUUUUGUGGAAAAUGAUACACUUUCUUUAUUGCUCAUGAUAGAUGCAGAUUGUUGAAAGGAUUUACUUAUGAUUGGAAUGCCAAAGAAAAGGACGUGGGGGUUUUUUUUUAAUCCAAACGACUUCCCAUAUGCUUAGCAUCAACAAGACUGAUUUGCCACUAACAGCUUCGGUGAAUUGACCUGGCUCUCCUAUAUAAUAUGUGGAUCACUUCCAGAUUGGUUGAAUCAAUACAGUUGCAUUGAAGCUUCAAUUGCUAGCUGUUGCCCAAGCUUGACAGGGCAGAAGUGUGGGCUUUAUCACUACAUGGCCUUUUUAUCAGAUAAUUGGGGUCUCAUUUGUCAAUUGAUGUUUGAUAAAAGAGAAAGAAAUAAGCAAAAUUGUAAUGGUGAAGCAAGACCCAAUAGAAUUAGAAAUUGUGAUGAGAUAUUUCAACCUGAAAGAGAAUACCGUCGAUUGCAUGCUUAAAGACAAGGGAAAAUGAGUUGUAGAAUAACCUCCCUCCACUUGCACUGCUACCUUCAUUAGUUUUGAGCUCUUUAUUUCUAAGGUUCUGGGAAGGAUUUAGGCAGUACAUGAAUAAGUUUGGUGAAUUGGAAAAUGUAAUAUUGGUUAUGAAGGUACUGUGAACAAUUCCUGUACAUGAUUUUUUCUAUUAUAAAUUUUUUGCUUACGGAUACUGUACUUUUUGGUUUCUACGUUCAAUGGUCGUCCCCUGUUCAUGCAAGAACUUAAAUUUACUUAGUUUUGGUAAAAUUAUUCCAUACAAAUGAGAAUUAUAGGUUGAUGAUUACCUAAAUUCCUACCUACUUCAGUGAGUUGGAAACUAAUAUUUUACAGGCAUUGGUUUGAUGAGCAAUUAUUGUUUGACUGUUAGUUUCUAGUUUCUUUCAUGGAUCAGAUUUUCCAGAUUUUCUGUAUAUUAGAUGGUGGGUUUCUGCAGCUUGGUGACUAAUUGGUUUCUGCUAUGGUAGCAAAAUUGCCAAACAAGAUGUUCUCAUGGAUUUGGCUUUGUCCCAUUUAGCACUUCAGAAGAUCCUUAGCUGAAGAUACCCAUAAUGAAAGGAUACUUGAGGUUCAAGUUGCUACUCAAAGGCAAGAUUUGUUCCUAGCUUAAAAGAAUUCUUUUCUUCAAAUUGAUUACCAUCUUGAGGAUCCAGUGACAAAACAACGAAUUGGAAUUGGAGUUGAAAUGUAUAGAGAAAUGCAGGAAGUGCAGCUAGAGUUUUAUAAAGUUUUUGUAUUCUGGUUUUAUUCAGGUGAAUUUGUAGAAAAAAAUAUAGUGUUAAUUUAAUUAAUAGAUUUUAAACUAAGUACAGUGUUUAAGGUGUUGUUUGGAAGAUUGAAAAUUGUGGAACUUCGUCCUUUGUUGUAUUCUGUAUUGUGUCUGCACACAAAUUGGUCUUCCAUUUAACCUUAUUUAGAUGUAGAAAAACUAAAGUUCUAAAUUUCAGUAGAGGUACCUAUCAAAAAAAAUUCAGU